CCUUUACGUAGCUCCUGAGCUGUACGUCGCUGACUGUACACAGACAAGAUGGCAACUUCAUUGGAAGACGAAUUUGAAGAUGCGCCCGAUGUGGAGCCGUUAGAACCAACUUUGAAGAAUAUCAUCGAGCAGAAAUCUUUGAAAUGGAUAUUUGUAGGUGGGAAAGGUGGCGUUGGUAAAACGACAUGUAGCUGUAGUUUGGCUGUCCAGCUGGCUGCUGUCCGGGAGAGUGUUCUCAUUAUUUCCACAGAUCCUGCCCAUAACAUCUCUGAUGCUUUUGACCAGAAGUUCUCAAAAGUACCCACUAAAGUUAAGGGCUAUGACAACCUCUUUGCAAUGGAGAUUGACCCGAGCCUUGGUGUGGCAGAGCUACCUGAUGAGUUCUUUGAGGAGGACAACAUGCUCAGCAUGGGCAAGAAGAUGAUGCAAGAAGCCAUGAGUGCCUUCCCUGGCAUUGAUGAGGCUAUGAGCUAUGCAGAGGUCAUGAGGUUAGUGAAGGGAAUGAACUUCUCAGUGGUAGUCUUUGAUACUGCCCCUACUGGCCACACACUGCGACUGCUCAACUUCCCCACCAUUGUGGAGCGAGGUCUGGGUCGCCUCAUGCAGAUCAAGAACCAGAUCAGCCCUUUCAUCUCUCAGAUGUGUAAUAUGCUCGGAUUGGGUGACAUGAACGCAGACCAGCUGGCCUCAAAGCUUGAAGAAACCCUGCCGGUCAUUCGCUCAGUUAGCGAGCAGUUCAAAGACCCUGAGCAGACCACCUUCAUCUGUGUGUGUAUUGCUGAGUUUCUGUCGCUUUAUGAGACGGAGCGGCUGAUCCAGGAACUGGCCAAGUGCCGCAUCGACACGCACAACAUCAUUGUCAACCAGCUUGUUUUCCCUGAUGCAGAUAGGCCGUGUAAAAUGUGUGAAGCCCGCCAUAAAAUUCAGUCAAAGUAUUUAGAUCAGAUGGAGGAUCUUUAUGAGGAUUUCCACAUAGUCAAGUUACCGCUACUGCCCCAUGAAGUUCGAGGUGCUGACAAGGUCAACACGUUCUCUAAGCAACUUCUGGAACCCUACAAACCCCCAAACAAGUGAUCUCCUGCCCACUUUCAGGACCCCCCCCCCCCCUUCUCCCCCAUUCUACAGACAACAGCUCUACAGUCUGAGCUCCCUCCCCAGCCAGCCUCAAAUCCUGCAGCAGCAGCCUCAAGCCGAUCCGCUCUGUCCUCAACUCGGUAUCUUCAGCACAGCACAGUUACACAUUGAAGGGGACCCCACCCCCACAACAUCACCGGCAAACAGAGAAACCACUAUAUUUUCAGAGAUAAGAUGGUACAUAUGCGUGCUGCCUUACUCACUUCACCUUCUCUUGUCUUCAUAUCCACUGUGGCAGUUCCUACUUUAAGCAUUUAACUUUUUCUCAACAAAAGAAUUGGAAAAAAAAAAAAAAUAAUUUCUCCGAUAUCCUCCCCCAUCCUGUGCAGCGUUCGGCCUCGGUUGUGAAAAAAACGUGUUUCCAGUGACUGUGCUGUGUUUGAGGGGAAAAGAUGGUUUAUGUUUAUGGCUUGAUUGUUCUGUGUGAUUUGGUGACUGUCUCUCUUCUUCCAUUUGACUUGCAACGAAAAAUUCAAACAAACUCACGUGUUACACUUUUUUCCAUCCAGAUUUCUACAGAUUCAGGUUGUGGUGGCAGGGAAAUAAAAAAAAAAAACCAAAAAAAAAACACUUAAAAGCAGGAAUACAGGCUGUAUGUGGGUCUUUGGUUAUUUUUUAUUCUUUAACAGCUUUGUUAUUGCAACAGAGAAAAACCGGCGCAUGCUAAAGUGUGUCUUUUACCAUUUCUCAGAUCAUUAGACGACCAUAACAGGAAAGUCGGUCAAAUGAGUCGUUUUAAAUCCGUAAAGGACACUGUAGCUGUAGGAGGCAGUACCAGUUUUAUGACGCAGUUACGUGAUGUGACUGUUGAUGUUUGAUUGGCUGGAAGCUAAAGAUGUUGGACACUGCUGAACUCCCUGUUCACGUUCCUGUAUCUAUACAGUGCUCAUAAAACUCAUCCAGUGUGUUUCUGUCAAACGCCUCCAUCCUGUUGAUCGAGAACUAUAUGGGAACACUAUUGAAAGACAUUAGUAGCCUUAUGUAGUGCAUUGUUAAUUAAUAUACAUAUUGAAUGUUGCUUGAUCAAGUGUUGAACAAAUGAAUGGUGAGUUAAAGGAAAUUUAAAACUUUCCCGUUGAUUGAAUAUCAGACUCCAGUUUGCUUCCCAAGCAAAAAGGCAUAAAUAACAGGAUCGUGCGCUCAGUUAAAGCUUCACUUCCCCCUCUCUGUCACGGAAAGCUUUUGGGUCAGAAUCUGUUUUCUAUAGAUUUUCUUUAAAUUAUAUUGCCAGUGUUAAUUAAAACAAACUUGCCUCA